AUGAUGGAGAUGCUUGAAUACGGUCACUAUCAGGUGCCGUCCCACCUGGAUAAUCCCACCAAGUACCACAUCCAGCAGGCCCAGAGGCAGCAGGUGAGACAGUAUCUGUCCACCACCCUGGGUGGUAAAGCCGGCAACCAGUGUCCCAGCCAGCCCCCUGAGCACGGCAUGCCGCCUGGACCCGGCAGCAGCGCCCCCAACAGUCCCAUGGCCCUGCUCACCCUCAGCUCCAACUGUGAAAAAGAAGUGCGUCUCAUGGAUGACGUCAUUGAUGAUAUUAUUAGCUUGGAGUCAAGCUACAAUGAAGAUGUUCUUGGACUGAUGGACCCAGGACUCCAAAUCAACAACCAGCUCCCUGUGUCUGGCAACCUUCUUGAUAUUUAUGGUAAUCAAGGACUUCCACUCCCGGGCCUCGCCAUCAGCAACUCCUGUCAACCCAGCAUUAAAAGGGAAUACUCAGCUCCUGGCAUGAAGCAAGUACUGGACAAGUCUGGACCCUGUAGCCAGUAUGAAAACUAUCAAAGACAAGAGGGCUUUCCAGUAGAGGCUGAGGUUCGUGCUAUGGCUAAAGAGAGACAAAAGAAGGACAACCACAAUUUAAUUGAACGAAGACGGAGAUUCAACAUCAACGACCGCAUCAAAGAGCUGGGAACUUUGAUCCCCAAGUCAAAUGACCCAGACAUGCGCUGGAAUAAGGGCACCAUUCUGAAAGCCUCGGUGGACUACAUCAGGAAGCUGCAGCGGGAGCAGCAGAGAGCCAAGGAGCUGGAGUGCAGACAGAGGAAGGUGGAGCACGCAAACCGUCACCUGAUGCUGCGUAUACAGGAGUUGGAGAUCCAGGCCCGCGCUCAUGGUCUUACAGUGGUGCCAUCCCCAUCUCUCUGCACGUCUGAGUUAUUGGCCCGAGCCAUUAAACAGGAGCCCGUCCUUGGCAACUGCCCCUCAGACCUCUACCAGCACAGCUCGGACCCCGACAUGUCCCCUCCAACCACACUGGACCUGAACAAUGGCACCAUCACCUUUGACCAGAUCCCUUCAGACGGUGGGGACCCCGGCCCCUAUGGAAACUCCAGGACCUGUAAAAUGAAGGAGUUGGUGAGGGACCGUCUGUCGUCGAUUUCCUCGAGUGAUCCCCUGAUGUCCUCUAUGUCCCCAGACGGCUCCGACAACGCCAGCAGCCACCACAGUUCCAGCUCCAGUAUGGAGGAGAAGGAGCACAGCUGUUAG